AUGACGACGAAGCCGACGUCGAUUUGGCGGCCGAACGUGAGAGUGACCCUCGACGAGUAUGGCGAAGUCGAGGACACGGAGAGUGGGGGAGAGGAGUUGACGAAGAAGGGCACGAAGCGGAAGAGAGCCCCUUACACGAAGGGGCCGUGCGAGCACGGGGUGAAGUAUCGGUCGAACUGCAAGGUGUGCAGCGCUUGUCCGCACGGUCGUCGGCGCUCUAAGUGCAAGGAGUGCGGUGGGUCUGAAAUCUGCGAGCACGGUCGUAUGCGAUGUAGUUGCAAGGAGUGCGGUGGGGGCUCAAUUUGCGAGCACGGUCGUCGGCGCUCUCGGUGCAAGGAGUGCGGCGGGUCUGAAAUCUGCGAGCACGGCCGUCGGCGCUCUCAUUGCAAGGAGUGCGGUGGGUCUGGAAUCUGCGAGCACGGUCGUCAGCGCUCUCAUUGCAAGGAUUGCGGUGGGUCAUCAAUCUGCGAGCACGGUCGUGAGCGCCACAGGUGCAAGGAGUGCGGUGGGUCAUCAAUCUGCGAGCACGGUAGUGUGCGCUAUACAUGCAAGGAAUGCGGUGGGUCUCAAAUCUGCGAGCACGGUCGUGAGCGCUCUAAGUGCAAGGACUGCGGUGGUGCAUCAAUCUGCGAGCACGGUCGUGAGCGUCGUUACUGUAAGGAGUGCGGUGGAUCAGGAUUCUGCGAGCACGGUCGUCGGCGCUCUAGGUGCAAGGACUGUCGUCGCGGCGCGUGA